AUGGAGCAGCUCCAGGCCGACGUAAAGGUACACGUGCAUCUCCACGCGGUUACAACCGAUGUGAACCGCCAGGUGUGGAGCCUGGAGUGUGUCGCAGAUGUGGCACGUGGCUCAGCGGCGCUGGACCCCCCCCCCCCUGCGAAGAAGAAGUUCUCAAAUGUGCCUGUAAUUGGAGAUUUUAAUUCAGACAUUACGGACGGUGGACAGCGGGGGGCAGAGGUGCUGUGCAGGGAGCUGGACUGUGGGGCUCCUUCUCUCCUCCAGGGGGCGCUCUCUCCUCUGGGGCAGACGUUCCACUGUGAGGGACAUGAGUCUGCUCUGAUGGACUGUCCCCGCUCCAACUCAAGCACCUGCUCCUCUGGAGCCACUGUCAACCUCACCUGCUCAGAGCCGCUCAGGUUGGUGGGAGGAGCCAGUCGCUGUGCUGGGACUGUGGAGGUGAAACACAGAGGAGAGUGGAGACGAGUGGGUCCCUCUGGACUCUGGGACCAGGAGGACACAGCUGUUGUGUGCAGAGACCUGGACUGUGGUUCUGCUGUUUAUGGAGAACAGAGACGUGAUUUUCCACAGAGUCGUGUGUGGAGGGUCUCAUCUGACUGUGUGAAGAAGUCUUCAGUGAGAGAAUGUGUCUGGGAUUCUUCUUUCUCUUCCUGGGGUCUGGAGGUGAUGUGUUCAGGUAAAAGUGUUUUUGUAAAUGUUCAGGUUGAAUGUGUCCAAAUAGAAGAAAGGAAACAUGUGUGACAUGGUUAAAUGUGUGAAAAGUCCCUUUUGCAGCAGAGUUCUGCUUUAAUAGUUGAAUCUUGUAGAUUGUGUGCAGCAGUGACAGUGACAGACUGUCUCAUGUUCUCUUUGCUGAUUCUCUGGAGAUGGAGUAAACCUGUGUGUUUGUGAUGGACGAUGCUGGGAGUGUGUGUGUGUUUGAUUCUUGUUGUAAAUGGAUUCUACAGAAAAGAUCCGUUUAGACAAAGUUGUGUCUCUGAUGACGUCAUAGAUGAGAAAAUAAAGCUGCUUUUGUCUUAAA